AUGCAGAGCCCAGCCCAGAAUGUACAAGUGCUGACGAUUAACGAAGCCGGCCGGCCUUUUGUCCUUUGCUCCGUCGCUCCAUGCGAUGGCGACCAGCCGGCCGGCCAUGCCGUCCUUCUCCACCAGCUGUCCUCCGUCAACGGCGGAGCAGGCAAGAGUGCCAGCUACCUCGCAGCAUCUUCUGAGCUUCCUGCCCCGACGCGCAACGUGGCCGGCGGCUUCAGAAGGGCGCCGCCCAUCCUCUUCGGAGACGGUGGCAACUCUUCACAUCUCAGGCAGCUAGAGGCCGUCCAAAUGAGCGAGAGCGAGGCUCCUACUCCUACCUCGGCGGCGUUGGCAGCAGCAGCGCCGCCGGCGUCGCCGUCCCUGCCGGACGACGAGGACAUCCUCCGGAUGAUCCUCCUGCGCCUCCCGCCGCUCCCCUCCUCCCUCCCGCUCGCCUCCCUCGUCACCAAGCUCUGGCGCCGCGCCGUCUCCGACCCCGGCUUCCGCCGCCGCUUCCGCGCCCACCACAAGGCUCCUCCGCUGCUCGGAUUCUUCUUCCACAACUUCAACCUGCGAAGCUCGUGGCACGUCUUCACCCCCACUCUGGGCGCCCCCGACCGCAUCCCGUCCGCGCGCUUCGCCUGCCCCAGCAAGGGCUCCUUCCUCGGCUGCCGCCACGGCCUCGCCCUCCUCAAGGCCGGCUCCACGGCCGUCGUCUGGGACCCCGUCACCGGCCGCCGGACCUCCGUCGACUUCCCGCCGGAGCUCACCCUCAACCGCAACGUCACAGCCUACCACGGCGCCGUCCUCGGGGAUCCCGCCGGCUCCGGCGGCUUCAGAUUCAGACUGAUCAUGGUAUCCUACGGCGUCUUCGAGGGGACCCUCCGCGCGUCCAUCUACGACUCAGAUUCUGGAAAUUGGGGCGAGAUCAUCUCGACGGCGGCCUUCUCCGACUGCUUCAAGCCCGGCGUCCUGGUCGGGAACAAGCUCUACUGGCUAAUCCGCCACCGCAGCGGCGGGUUCCUCGAGCUCGACGUGGAUCGCCGGAGCCUGGCCGUGAUCCGGCUGUCCGAGGACAUCCCUCUUCCCGACGGCGCCCAUGUCCAGGCUCUGCGGACGCGGGAUGGAGGGCUUGGCCUCGCAGUCGUGGCGAAGCGGAGGAUGCAGCUCUGGGGGAGCACCGCCAUCUCCGGCGAUGUGGUCAGAGGGGUGCUGCAGAAAACCGUUGAUCUGGAGCAGCUCCUCUCGCUGCCAUUGCCGUCAACGGACGCGCACGAAUCAUCCGUCGUGGGGUACGAUGAGGACACCAACACGAUCUUCGUCUGGACGAGCGUGGGUGUCUUCAUGAUCCAGCUCGAGUCGAUGGAGUUCACCAAAGUUUCUGAAGACACCUGCAUCCGUGGCUAUUAUCCCUUCGCGAGUUUCUACACUCCUGAUUCCUGAUUGGGGAGCACACUGGCUCAAACUCUGGGCAAUGCCACGGCAAGCUGAGGAAGAUGGAGGCAAUUAGGUUGGUGUGCCAUUUGAAGAACAGAAUUGGAUGGUAUUAGUAGUGCUGUUGUACACUCGAACUUGUGUGGGCUUUCUUCAUCGCUUUGCAUUGGUCUAGUGCACGAGCACUGUUUUGUUUGAUUUUUUCAUAAUAAUAAAUCAGAUAUGUCUCUUCCGAGGCAGA